UCUUUUCAGUUCAAAAUUUUCUGGUGCAUAGCUUUUUCUGCCAGUAUCCAGAAGCCCUUUUGAUUCCAUUCCUGCAUGCCAAAAGAUUUUAGCCUGCGUUAACAAGAUAUUUCAUGUACAAACCAAACCAAAUCUGAAGUCAGGAGACUGUAUGGACCAGCAGUGUUACUCAUUCCUACUCUAACUGUUCAUUUAUUCAUUUAUUCGUGUGUUGUAUGUGCUGUGCAUUCAAAGUGUGAACUCUCCAAGACAAUAACUGGAUUGCUUUUGGUUUUUUGAUUCUGGUUAAAACUGAGGAUCUGCUUAAUGAUUACAGUCCCAGGAAUUAUCUCACAACACAGUAGAAUGAUUUCCAUUUUUUUGAGGUAUCCUUCUUAAUUUGUGGAAUAAUUACUGGCAGUCCUGUAAAACAGGAGUACUGCAAUACCUAUCACAGUGUUAUGCCUAGUGAGGAUGCAGAGAUUACUGUGCUACUUAUCUUUGGAGAUAGAAACAAGUAACCCUAACUACUGAUAACUAUUAGAGUUAGAUAUAUUCAGUCAUUUUUAUCAGAAAUAUAUGACUUAAUUUUCCUGGUGUCUGUUGUCAAGUUGUAUUUCUUUUACUGUAUUUACAAAUGCUAUCUUUAAAAUAUUGUUUUGCUUCUUUUAGGUUUUAGUGCUAAAACUGCAGUUAGAAUCAUUAUGCCUUCUUCAGGAAUGACAUUCAUACUGCCUCAAUAAAAACUGAAAUUCCACGGAAUAACAGAGAAAACUUACUUAAUUUGGAGCCUUAAGCCAGCCUGAGAUGCGGGCAGAGUUUUGUAGUGCAGUCUCAUCCAUUUUCCCCAUUAAUCUCUCCAGUGCUGCUGUCUUUCAAGAAAACAUUCAGCUGGGAGCCUCCCCCUUGCUGCACUCCCAUCAUCACCGGGCAUGGGGGAGAUCGCACAACCCUUGCACUGACCAAAAAAAAAAAAACAGCUGCAUCUUGAAAGUGUGGGAGGCUUGGGGUAUUUCAGCACUGCUGGCUGCUGCAGGAGGAGGAAACCUGCAGCUUCCACAGCUGAGUUCCACUACAGAUAAAGGCACAGCUGCAGUGGGAGAGAGGCAGGAGAUGAUGGGCAGAGAGGGGCACAAGUUGCUCUAAAAGAUAUUCUUGCUAAUCCCUGUUCCUGCAUUCAGUCUGCAGCACUAAACUUUCCUCCAACUGAAACAAUUUUCUUCAGUUAUUAUUGGAAAGCAGAAGGAGGGGGAGUCUGCUCACACUUUUGUUGGAGACAGCAAACAUCUCUUUUAGUCCUGAAUAUUAUUUACAGAUCUGAAACUAAACUUCAAUAUUAUAUGAUAUUAUUUUUGCUGAGUGAAGUAAUGGAUGCAUUCAGAGCAUUUGAAAAUGAGUCGCUUUUGUCCAGUUACUCUGUUCCUGCCAGAUUGGAUCCCUUCCGUCGUCCCUUGGACUCCAUCCAGCCCUGGCAAUUCAGGCUUCUGGCAGCAGUAAUGUUGGUGGUGACCUCCCUGUCACUUGCUGAGAACCUGGCUGUAAUCCUGGUAACUUUUAAGUUCAAGCAAUUGAGACAACCUGUCAAUUAUAUUAUAGUCAAUUUGUCUGUGGCUGAUUUCCUGGUCUCACUGAUUGGUGGUACCAUCAGCUUUUUAACAAAUCUGAAAGGUUAUUUUUAUAUGGGAUACUGGGCUUGUGUACUGGAAGGAUUUGCUGUCACAUUUUUUGGCAUUGUAGCUCUCUGGUCUCUUGCUCUGUUGGCUUUUGAGCGCUACAUUGUGAUCUGCCGCCCGCUGAGAAAUAUGCGCUUGAGGGGGAAGCAGGCAGCUCUAGGUAUUGUCUUUGUGUGGACUUUUUCCUUCAUUUGGACCAUUCCACCAACAACUGGUUGGAGCAGUUACACGACCAGUAAGAUUGGAACUACUUGUGAGCCUAACUGGUACUCAGGAGCCUAUGCUGACCGUACAUACAUUAUUGCAUUCUUCACCACCUGUUUUAUAGUACCCUUAUUGGUGAUUUUGGUAUCCUAUGGAAAAUUGGUGUGGAAGCUAAAAAAGGUGUCAGAUGCACAAGGCAGGCUGCGAACUACCAGGAAACCUGAAAGACAAGUGACUAGAAUGGUUGUUUUUAUGAUCAUUGCCUUUCUAAUCUGCUGGAUGCCAUACGCUACCUUUUCUAUCCUAGUCACUGCAUAUCCCUCCAUUGAGCUGGAUCCUUGUCUGGCAGCAAUUCCGGCUUUCUUUUCCAAAACAGCUACUGUUUACAAUCCAAUUAUUUAUGUCUUUAUGAACAAACAGUUCAGGCAGUGUCUGAUUCAAAUGUUCAGUUGCAGUGCCAUAGGAACUGUGGAGUCCAACAUGAACCUGACUUCAGAGAGAGCAGUGCUAACCCAGGACAGAAGAGGCAGCGAGAUGUCCCCCAUGGCAGUUCCUAGCACCAUUUCUGAGACGAAAACUGGAGUUGAACACAGAAAUAGACAAUCUUUGGCUCUGUUGAAAACUUCAGAAAACAAAAUUUGUCCCAUGUAGAGUGGAGAUAGGAUCAUUAUUGCAAUGCUACAGUGUAUUUCAUUGUUACAAUCAUCUAAUACAAAAAUAUGUUGUCAUUGGGGACAUUCUGCUCCUGUGGACACCAGCUUUUGAGAUUGCAGGCUCCUCAGUGCAUGUAAGAGCCUCUUGGCUCUGCAGGUGCAGUCAAACUCCCAGCUGUAAGGAGAGUCCCUUCCUCCACUGCAUUCCUCUUCCCAAUCCACAGUCAACUUGAAGCAGGUAGUGGCACCACACUGUUGUUCUCCUCUGAGGAGCAGUUGUGUCUCUCUCUCUCCAGUCCUUAAAUCCGUGUUUCUGCUAAAGUCACAUCCUCACUGCUUUUAAUUGGGCUACUGAUUCUGGAAUAAAUUAUUAAUUUGUUAUUACACCUCUACUUUCAGAAGCAAGGACUAUAACACAAGUACUGCUUGUGUAAACAGUGAAAACUAAUGGAAUUUGCCAGCUUUCCAUGGCGGUAUUCCAUCUCAUAUUUCAUUCACACAAUAACAUGCAGCAAUAUACUUAGCUUUAGUGGAAUGUCAGUUGCACAUGCAAAGCCAAACCAGGUUAUGAAGGUAAUAAAGGCAGACUUCUGUUUUACACAGUGAUUGGGAUCAUUGUAUGAAAUGUUGCUAAGAACUGGCACAUCAGAAUUUUAAUCCUAUAUAAAAUCUAUCUUUAAUUGAAUGCAUUCUAGGACAAAAGGCAAUGGCUGACUGUAUUUAAAUGCUUUAGGAUGGAAAACCAUUAUUUCUAGAGAAGACAUUAGUACAAUGCCAGUUGAAACAAAUGUUGUUCCAUAGUGGGUAUAGAGAAGCUACACUAGCUCCACCCUGUACAGGCCUUAGCUAUAGAAAUGUGAUAUGGAAUGAAUCAUCAAUGGUUCCGUUUUACUUCAAAAAAAUAGCAUUAUUUUACACAGAAUAAAGAAAUUUUGUUUCUAUCAAAUUUUUUUUCUGCUUUCUGUUAAAUUAAUGUUUGAAAAACUAUAUUGCAUUGAAAAAGAGUGAUGGACUACCUGACAUACCUGUAGUAAAAGCUAGUCCCUGAGCAGUACCUUGCUGACUUGGAAGUCAAGAACUAUUCUUGCAGCAGCUGGAGAUGCUGGUGGAUCAGGAAAAGGUAACACAGAAAUACAGUACAAAGCAUAUUCUGAACCCCUGGUAUGUUGCAGAGACUGGUUUCUGUAUGAUUCUCCUGCUCGUGAGGAGAAGAGCUGUAGCUACCUGCUGGGGUGGAGGGACAGGUACAGGGAGCGUGUCCCUGAGCCACUCUGGCCUUGGAAUGCCCAGUGGUGUUGAGGCCAACAGCAGGUCUGGAGGCUUCACAGACCUUAAUUUGGACAUGGUUAACUUCUAUUUGUGAGAAAAGCCCAUGAGAAGAAAAGCAGUUAGUUUUUACCCAUGAAAAUGUAGUAUCAACAGAAGCAUGAAAGUCAGACAAUAGGAGAAAAACAGCAACAUAUCCACACCUGUUAUUUUUCUGAAUGUGUUGAACGCUUAUGCCAUAGGUAGCCAAUGAUAAUGUGUUAUAGUUAAUAGUAGCCAGCAAGUCUACUGUAGUAGUUUUGCAGCCAAUGAAUCUGUAACACAAAUGAUAUGAAAAAAUAUAUA